AACAAAAAUGACGCCCCUCGAGUUCAAAGCUUGUUUCGUCUGCAUAUUUGCUGUUGCAGUUAUUGCUAGUCAUGCACAAAAUCUUACAGAUUUCAUUAGCAUAGAUUGUGGGUUGCCCGAAGCAUCCAACUACAGCGACGACAAAACCGGCAUUCCAUACAGCACCGAUACAAACUUCACGGACAGCGGCGAAAAUUCUAAUAUAGCACGAGAUUACAUAUCUGACUCUCUUGAUCACCAACUCUGGACUGUCCGAAGCUUUCCUCGGGGCCCUAGGAACUGUUACAGCCUUAGCGUAGCUCAGGGCAAAGGAAAGAAGUAUUUGAUUAGAGCCACUUUUUUGUACGGAAACUAUGAUUCCAAGAAUCAGACACCAACAUUCGAUCUUUAUCUGGGAGUUGAGCCGUGGGAUACGGUGGAAAUCAACAGCACAACUAUCGCAGUGACUAAGGAGAUCAUCCAUGUGCCUUCAUCAAAUUAUACUCAUGUUUGCCUGGUAAAUACCGGGGCCGGAACACCUUUUAUUUCCGCGCUUGAGCUUCGGCCCCUGGACCCUGAAGCUUAUCCCACCGACAAUACUGGUGAAUCACUAGCAUCUUUUAUCCGUUUGAAUUUUGCUCCAGCAGACACCAGGAAAGUAAUCAGGUAUCCGGAUGACAUAUUUGAUAGGCGAUGGCUGCCCUAUCCCACGCCAUCCAACUGGGCUGAAUUAAACACUUCACUCCCCGUCGCCGUCGACUAUAAUUACCAGCCACCGGUGGUAGCGAUGCAGACAGCCGUAACACCGCAAAAUGCAAGUGAUGCCUUGAAAUUUUUUUGGAGGCCUCCUGAUCCGACAGUACAGUUUUAUGUCUACUUGCAUUUUGCUGAAGUUGUAAACCUACAGAGCAACGAAACCAGAGCAUUCUACGUCAAUCUAAAGGAUGAACACUGGUAUAAUGGAAUUUUAGUUCCCAAGUAUCUUGCGUCAGAGACCAUUUAUGCCACGGGAGGGGGUACAAAGGCAAGUUUUGAUUAUUCACUAGUGAGAACUGAGAAUUCCACUCUUCCACCUCUCAUCAAUGCUGUGGAGGUUUAUUCUGUUAAGCGUUUCUUGCAAUCACAAACAAAUGAAAUCGACGUAUGGUCUAUCCUGAAUAUCAAGUCAACAUAUGGAGUGAAUAACAGAAAUUGGCAAGGAGACCCUUGUCUCCCGCAGCAUAUGUGUGGCAAGGUCUUGACUGCCUUAUCAACACCAACAACAGAGUGAUCUCCCAGGAUCAAAUCCCUGAAUUUGUCCUCCAGUGGAUUGACGGGCAAUAUCUCCCCCUUUUUAUCCAAUCUCAGUUCUCUUGAGAACCUGGAUUUGUCAAAUAAUAGUUUGAAAGGACAGGUGCCCGAUUUUCUGGCUGAUCUUCCAAGCUUGAAAGUCCUGAAUUUGUCAAGAAACCAGUUCUCAGGACCACUUCCGCAAAAACUCCUUGACAAGGCCAAGAAUGGGCUGGAAUUAAGAGCUGACGGCUAUACUGUUGGAACCUCAAAUUCUUGUCAAUCGGGCCGGUGUAAAGAGAAGAAAUCAAGGAAGUUUGUAGUUCCACUCGUUGUCUCACUUUCCGUAUCCUUGACCUUCUUGGCUGUCUUAAUUGUUCUCUGGAGAUUGAGAAGGGGAAAACACCCAGGUCGAAAGUUGGGUGGCAUAUCCAACAGAAAAGAUGGGUUCUUGGAGACAAAAAACAUACAAUUUACGUACUCUGAUCUCUUGAAGAUCACAAACAAUUUCCAGAGGGUUCUUGGAAAAGGAGGCUUUGGUACAGUCUACCAUGGUCUUGCUAAUGGUCAACAAGUUGCUGUAAAGUUGCUUUCCCAGUCAUCUGCCCAAGGGUACAACGAAUUUCAGACAGAGGCUGAGCUUCUGACGAGGGUUCAUCACCGUAAUUUGACAUGUUUGGUUGGGUAUUGCUAUGAAGACACUCAUAUGGCGCUUGUCUACGAGUACAUGGCCAAUGGAAACCUGAGAGAGCUUCUUUCAGUUAAGGAUGACAAUAAUGUCUUGAGCUGGGCUGAGAGACUUCAAAUUGCAUUGGAUGCAGCACAAGGACUGGACUAUUUGCAUAAUGGUUGCAAGCCCUCAAUCAUUCACAGAGACAUAAAAUCUACCAACAUCUUAUUAAACGAAAAAUUUGAGGCCAAGCUGGCUGAUUUUGGACUAUCUAGAGUCUUUACCAUUGAUGACGGCUCCUUUGUGUCCACUAGAGUUGUCGGGACCCCUGGAUACGUUGAUCCCGAGUACUAUGAAAAACAGAGGUUGCAUGAGAAAAGUGACAUUUAUAGCUUGGGAAUAGUCAUCCUAGAGCUGAUAACAGGCAGGCCAGUAAUCAUAGGGACUGAGGACAAGCGCCACAUAUUGCAGUGGGCUAAUUUUUUGCUAGCAACGGGGGAUAUCGGAAGUAUUGUUGAUCCCAAAUUGAAGGGGAUGUACGAGAUUAACUCUGCAUGGAAAGCUUUAGAAGUAGCAAUGGCAUGUGCCUCUCCCACUUCUUACAGAAGACCAAACAUGGCUCACGUUUUAGCAGAGUUGACAGAAUGUUUGGCAGCGGAGAAAGCUCGAACCGAAGGCUUGGAAGAUACAGGUUCACAGGAUUUGCUUGAAGUCAACCCGGGCGUUUUAGACGUUGAGCUUGGACCCAGGUAGAACCAUCAGACCCAUCACACAAAUGUCGGGAUUUUGCAGCCAAACAGUUCUUCUGGGCUCGGGAAGAAAUCAGGCACGAUUCCAGGCGUACCAAAUUAAGAGCUUCAACAACACCUACACAAGUUAAAAUUUUAUUACUAAGAUUUUUAAACCGAUGUUCAUUUCGAUGAGGAAAUGUUUUUGCAU